CAUCGAGAGAAAAGACCAAGACAGUAGUGGUGGGACGAUGAAAGGAUCAUCCAGCGAUUAAACUCGCCAUAAUCGCAUUCUUCUCUCAUCUUAUACAAACGUUUUCACAGAGAGAAAGCAACAAAAAGCUAAUCCCUUGUCGCCACCUAAUACUUCUUAAGAUUGUUGAAAUUUUCAGAGCGACUUAAGUGGGCUAUGAUUUGAAUGGGGAGAGGAUGCCAGAGUUGAGAAGUGGAGCUAGAAGAUCAAAGCGGCUUGGUGAUCUUCAGCCUGCCCCACAACCUAUUGAAGAGAAUUUGGCGCAAACUGCUCCAAACAAGACCAGAAGGAGAGUUGGAGGUGGAAGAGGAAGAGGCGGGAAUGCUCCAGCUGUAGCAAAAGGAACUUCACCAGCAGUACCCACAAGGCGAACUGCAGCUGGUAGGGGCCGGGGAGGUAGAUUGGUUGAUCUUAUUCCUGAACCUGUUGCACCUGGGGCCCCUGAACCUGUUCUUAAUCGUGAAGAGGUAGCAGCAAAUAAUAAUAUUUUGAUGGCGGGGGGAAGUGCAGACAAGGUGGUAGGAGCUGAAGAGGAGGCAUGCGCAACCCCUGUUCCUGAAACGGUACAAGUUGGUGGUUCUCCUUUAUAUAAGAUAGAAACGAAGUUGGGCAAGGGUGGUUUUGGCCAAGUGUAUGUUGGUAGAAGAGUAAGUGGUGGCUCUGAUCGUACAGGUCCUGACGCAACGGAGGUUGCACUGAAGUUUGAACACAGAAAUAGUAAAGGCUGCAAUUAUGGGCCUCCUUAUGAGUGGCAAGUCUACAAUACUCUGAAUGGUUGUUAUGGCAUUCCAUGGGUUCAUUACAAGGGCCGCCAAGGAGAAUUCUAUAUCCUGGUCAUGGACAUGCUUGGGCCCAGUCUUUGGGAUGUAUGGAAUUCUGUUGGCCAGGCGAUGUCACCAAAUAUGGUUGCAUGCAUUGCAGUGGAGGCAAUAUCAAUUCUUGAGAAGCUCCAUAUGAAAGGGUUUGUGCAUGGAGAUGUUAAACCAGAGAACUUUUUACUUGGUCAACCUGGAUCACCUGAUGAGAAGAAGUUAUAUCUUAUUGAUCUUGGUUUGGCAUCUAAAUGGAAGGACACAUCUGGUCAACAUGUUGAAUAUGAUCAGAGGCCUGAUGUAUUUAGGGGAACCAUAAGAUAUGCCAGUGUUCAUGCACAUUUAGGUAGGACUGGAAGUAGGAGGGACGAUCUUGAGUCCCUUGCAUACACGUUAAUAUUUCUUAUAAGGGGGAGGUUACCUUGGCAGGGUUAUCAGGGUGACAAUAAAAGUUUUCUUGUCUGUAAGAAAAAGAUGGGCACUUCUCCAGAGUUGAUGUGCUGCUUUUGUCCUGCUCCAUUCAAGCAGUUCCUUGAAGCUGUUACUAACAUGAGAUUUGAUGAGGAGCCCAACUAUUCCAAGCUUAUAUCAUUAUUUGAUAGCUUAAUUGAACCAUCUUCUCUAUUGAGACCAAUCAGAAUUGAUGGAGCUUUAAAGGUUGGACAAAAAAGGGCUAGAAUGCUUAUAAAUCGAGAAGACGAGCAGCCAAAGAAGAAAGUGCGAUUGGGGAAUCCUGCUACUCAGUGGAUAUCAGUGUAUAAUGCACGGCGUCCCAUGAAACAGAGGUAUCACUAUAAUGUAUCAGACAGUAGGCUUCGACAGCAUGUGGACAAGGGUAAUGAGGAUGGAUUAUAUAUCAGCUGUGUUGCAUCCUCAUCAAAUCUUUGGGCCCUAACCAUGGAUGCAGGAACGGGUUUCUCCUCUCAGGUCUAUGAGUUGUCACCGGUCUUCCUGCAUAAGGAUUGGAUUAUGGAACAAUGGGAGAAAAAUUACUAUAUUAGUUCUAUAGCUGGUGCAACAAAUGGGAGUUCCUUGGUUGUCAUGUCCAAAGGAACUCCAUACACCCAGCAGUCCUACAAAGUAAGUGAAUCAUUUCCUUUCAAAUGGAUAAAUAAGAAGUGGAAAGAAGGAUUCCAUGUUACCUCCAUGACCACUGCUGGCAGUCGAUGGGGCGUUGUCAUGUCGAGGAAUGCAGGAUAUUCUGAUCAGGUUGUGGAGCUUGACUUCUUAUACCCCAGUGAAGGUAUUCAUCGGCGAUGGGAGAGUGGUUACCGGAUAACAUCUAUGGCUGCUACUGCUGAUCAGGCAGCCUUCAUUCUUAGCAUACCAAAACGCAAAUUGCUUGAUGAAACUCAAGAGACUCUACGUACCUCUGCCUUCCCUAGCACCCAUGUGAAGGAAAAAUGGACCAAGAAUCUCUAUAUCGCCUCAAUAUGUUAUGGGCGGACUGUUUGUUAGCCGCAAGGGCGUGUACUUGGUAGGUAAAUGACAAAUGAGUCAACAUUGAGAUGAGAGCGAUUCUGAAUUGGAGUGGUGGUAGAUUAAAGUUCCUGGGUCUCCAUGUAAAAUUCUCGCAAGUGUAAAAAUAGGAAUGAAAAAACGGGAACGAGAGUGAGAGAGCUGGUACCCCCAACCUAGCCGAGCCAGUGGGAGAAUGUUUUUGUUGACAUCAUUUUCAUUUUGAUAGGAGGGAAGGCCAUAUUUUGUCAAUGUUUUCACAGAUGUGCUUCAAACAAUUUGCUAAUUAGUAUGUUGUGCUAUCAGAUUUUCCAAGAGCUGCACUAGCCCAGAAUUCCUAGAUGCAAUGCGGUCCAUGCCGGAAUUCGGAAUCGCAAUUUGAUACCCGGAGCAGGAUUGGCAGUACGAAACUUUCACCAUAUAAAAUAGAGCGAACAUCAUGUGCUGAAUGCUAGUCAACUCACUUUCUUCACGUUGAAAAUUUUUAAAUAUGAGAAUCGUUACUCCAUAUUUCCAUAAUCCAGCACGAGAGAUUUUUCUUCUUCCCCGAACGCAGACAGCAUUCUUUAUAUUAAUUGAGUAUUAUA